AAGUCGUGUUGUGUGGGCCCCUGGGCGCUGCGCCCCCUGCUGGCUGAAGGAGGAGACGUCCUCAUGACCGGGUGUUUCUCGGCUCGGACCGUUGCACACGUGUCUGCGCUGUCUGCACACACACACACUGACACACACAUCUCUCCGGCGCAGAGCAAAGUGAUUGUGUGUGUGGGAGAUGAACCGCAGGCGCAGAAAGAUGAACUACAGAACACACUCGCCAAAAUGGGCUGCAAGAAUGUGAAGCUGCUUCCAGUGUCUCUGGGGUGUGUGGAUGUGUGUGACGUGCGUCUCCAGGAGGUUCGUGUGGCGCUUGUGAUGCCGGCGUGUUCCCUGUCUGCCAUCAGCAACCCUGUGGAUUACAUCAUGCAGGAGAACAGAGACCCACGGCUCAUGCUGGAUCUGUCACACGGCUCCGUCUCUCCAGAGAAACUCCAGACGCUCGCGUGCCGACAGAGGAAAGACCUGCAGCGCGUCGGCCAGUUUCCUCAGGUGCGGGCGGUGCUUUACUCCACCUGUUCUGUUCACUCAGAGGAGAAUGAGGAGGUGCUGAAGACCAUCCUCUCACAAUCACAGGAGAAUCACUCCACAGCGCCGCCCUACAGGCUGAGUUCUCCAGGUCUCCUGCAGGACUCCAUCACUGAAGAUGAGGACGAUUCACUGGAGAUGAAGGCCAGUUUCUUCAGACUGGAAGCAUCAGAUCAUCACAAUGGCUGUUUCGUAGCUCUGCUCACACGACAGCCUGAACCUGAAGUGAAAGAGACGUCACAGCAAGUGCUUGCUCGCGCAGCGGCCAAAGGCUUGCUAGACGGACUCCACCCGAAGCAGCCAAUCAGCAGAGAGGGCCGAGGCCGACGGUCCCGAAGAACACCAGCCAAUCACCAGCCCUCCACGAAGACACGCCCACACGCCACACAGAGCGACCAAUCACGCGUGGCGGAGUUCUUGAACCACGAGAUGAGGGGAAGCAACUCGGCGCCGAUGGUUUCUCCUCGCAGUUCGUCACGAUACGAUCCACCCUCGAGUUCUCGACGUCUCUUUCAGGGCGUGUUCUCCAGGACAGGCCACACCCCUAGCACAACAGGCCACACCUUUAAGACAACAGGCCCCUCCCAUGACACAGCAGGCCACACCCCGAACACAGCAGGCCACACCCCAAACACAACAGGCCCCUCCCAUGACACAACAGACCACACACCUAACGCAACAGGCCACACCCCGAACACAGCAGGCUCCACCUCUAACACACCAGGCCACACCUCUAACACAACAGGCCCCACCUUUAAGACAACAGGCUCCACCUCUAACACACCAGGACACACCUCUAACACAACAGGCCCCACCUUUAAGACAACAGGCUCCACCUCUAACACACCAGGCCACACCUCUAACACAACAGGCCCCACCUUUAAGACAACAGGCUCCACCUUUAAGACAACAGGCUCCACCUCUCACAUAACAGGCCCUGCCCACAACACAACAGGCUCCACCCCUAACCUCGCUUCUUUCUCUGAUUUCUACUGUACCGGUUUGACUGGUUUGAACACUGCUUCAGCAUCUGUGAUCGACGAUCACUACUCAACGCCGGUCGCUCCGCCUAAAGGCCGACAGGAAGUUCUGAGGCCGACGACUGUCAUGUUUCCUCCCGUUCUGUCGUCAAGCGACGGUCUUCUUCCCCAGAGGCGGAGCCAUGCUCUCAUAAGCCCCGCCCACACCAUUACAAGCCCCGCCCACACCCAUCAGCACUGGAGUAACUCGACACCGGCUCCCCCUCGAACCCAAGCGGCAUUCAGAGCGAGACUGAAUCAUCUGAGGCCGUGGCUCUGA